GAGGGGAGAGUGGGGAGAGUGGGGAUUGGGAAUUCUUAAUCAGCUCCAGGCUCCAUGUGCUGAUAAGGACAGUGGCAAAGUUUGAAGAGAGAACAGGAGUCCUGCAGCAUUGAUUUAAACAGGGAGAGACGAGGGAGAUAAAAAACACAUGUACAAAAGAGCAGAACUCCUGGAAAUCCUUACGUGCGAGAGAGGAACUGUAACUACAGUAUGCUGUGCUCUGGAAGGGAAUCGCACAGGCAGGAAUCACUGACUCAGGACCUGCAAGGAGCCGAGGACAGACACACAGACACUCAGGACAGACACACCAACCCAGCCAUAGACUCCAACCUGAGACUCAGGCUUCCUGCUAAAUGGCUGAUAAGCAAGUCAGUUUGCCUGCGAAGCUCAUCAAUGGUGGCAUCGCUGGGCUGAUCGGGGUCACCUGUGUCUUUCCAAUCGAUCUGGCCAAGACUCGCCUGCAGAACCAGCAGAAUGGGUCCCGCCUCUACAGCAGCCUGUCGGACUGCCUCCUCAAGACGAUCCGAUCGGACGGGUACUUCGGGAUGUACAGAGGGGCCGCAGUGAACCUCACCCUGGUCACCCCAGAGAAGGCCAUCAAGCUCGCAGCCAACGACUUCUUCAGGGAGAUGCUCUCCAGGGAUGGGCAGAAGCUGACCCUGUUCAAGGAGAUGCUGGCUGGGUGUGGCGCAGGGACCUGUCAAGUGAUCGUCACCACACCCAUGGAGAUGCUCAAGAUACAGUUGCAGGACGCAGGGAGGAUAGAGGCUCAGAGGAAGUUGAUGCCACAGGCUGUAAGCUCUGCUCCUGCCAGCACUGUUGCCACGGAGAUAAAGAGGCCCCAGACUGCCAUGCAGAUCAGCAGGGAGCUGCUGAGGAGCAAGGGCAUCGCAGGGCUCUACAAGGGCCUGGGGGCCACGCUGGCCAGGGACGUCCCCUUCUCCAUUAUCUACUUCCCCCUGUUUGCUAACCUGAACAAGCUGGGGCAGAAGCACCCCGACACCAAGGCUCCCUUCUACGUGUCCUUCCUGGCGGGCUGCGUGGCUGGGAGCACCGCGGCCGUGGCUGUGAACCCCUGCGACGUGAUCAAGACGAGGCUGCAGUCUCUACAGAGAGGAGCUCAUGAGGACACUUACUCCGGAGUAGUGGACUGUGUCAGGAAGAUCCUUCGCAAGGAGGGUCCCACUGCUUUCCUCUGA